UGGGAGAGCAACGUGCUUUGAAUGAGGCUUCCCAGCCUCUUCCACUCCGUCUCACACACUCUGUCACUCUGCCUCUCGCUUGUGCACACUGUUGGUAUGCGACCUCGGAGGCGACUGCUCCGCCACCUCUGCCUGGGGAGCCGCUGACAGCCAGCGAUUGAGCCAGCCCCCCUUCCUUUUUUUUUUUUUUUUUCCUCCCUGCUUUUGCAAACACACACGCACACCCCCAAAGCACAUUUAAUGCUGAUCCACUCAGGCGCCAUUAUCGGGGGUACGUCUUCGUGGAGUGUUUUGGUUAUUUUUUUUUUCUCUUCUAUUUUUUUUUCCUUCCCAACACUGGAUGGUGCAGCGUUCCCGGGGCCUGUGGUGUUACGGCUCGAUUGCGUUUUAUUAUUUAUUUAUCUAUCUUCUCUCUUCUUCCUCUCAUCACUCCCCCGUCUCUGCUCUCUUGAACCCCCCGGCUUCUCUCCGGGUGCCGGUGCAGAGGACUGGGGAGCAGCAUCCCUCUCUCUCCCUCCCACUGAUGUGGGACUGAUCCUCACCCUCAUGUGUAGCAUGCUGUAGCCAAAAAAGAAGAGAGGAGGGGAAGAAAAAAAAAAAGAAGCGGCUCUCUUGCCCUCCCUCUCCCUCGCUUCCCGCGGAUUGACUUCAUGGCUUCGCUGUACCAGCGGUUCAGCGGGAAGAUCAACACCUCCCGCUCGUUCCCCGUUCCCCCCGAAGCAAGUCACCUCCUGGGCGCCCAGAGCAGCGAGGAGGACGGCGCUGCCGGCAAGACCCCGCGUCCAUUGCAACAGGAAGGCGGCCGGCCCCGCUUCCAGUACCAGUCGCGAAGUGACUGCGAGGAGGAGGAUGAGCUGGUGGGGAGUAAUCCUCCUCAAAGAAACUGGAAAGGAAUUGCAAUUGCCUUACUUGUUAUUCUCGUUAUCUGCUCGCUGAUUGUCACCUCUGUCAUACUCCUGACACCAGUGGAAGAUAACAGCUUGUCUCAGAAGAAGAAGAUAACAGUGGAAGAUCUCUUCAGUGAUGAUUUUAAGAUUCAUGACCCAGAGGCUAAAUGGAUAACUGAUAAUGAAUUCAUUUAUAGAAACCAGAAUGGCACAGUGAUUCUGAGGAAUGUCGAAACCAACAGUUCAACAAUAUUAAUAGAAAACAAAAAAAUUGUCUCCUUAAAGGCCAUCCGGUAUGAGGUGUCACCUGACAGGGAAUAUGCACUGUUUGCCUUUGAUGUUGAGCCUGUGUAUCAGCAUUCAUAUACAGCAUAUUAUGUCCUCAGCAAAAUACCUCAUGGGGAUCCCCAGAAUUUGUAUCCCCCUGAGGUCAGCAAUGCAAAGCUUCAGUAUGCUGGUUGGGGUCCAAAAGGGCAACAGCUGAUAUUUAUCUUUGAGAAUAACAUCUAUUACUGUGCCCAUGUGGGGAAACAAGCCAUCCGAGUGGUCUCCACAGGAAAGGAAGGUGUUAUUUUCAAUGGGCUCAGCGACUGGCUCUAUGAAGAGGAGAUCUUGAAGACUCACAUUGCUCAUUGGUGGUCUCCUGAUGGCACCAGGUUGGCAUAUGCAACAAUUAAUGCCUCCAGAGUCCCCACCAUGGAAAUCCCAAUAUAUACAGGCAUCCUUUACCCUACUGUUAAAACUUACCAUUAUCCAAAGGCUGGAAUGGAAAAUCCAACCAUUUCUUUGCACGUGAUUGGUCUGAAUGGACCCACUCAUGACCUGGAAAUGACUCCCCCAGAUGAUCAGAGAAUGAGGGACUACUACAUCACCAUGGUGAAAUGGGCCACCAGCACCAAGGUGGCAGUGAACUGGCUGAACAGGGCCCAGAACGUGUCCAUCCUGACGCUCUGUGAUGCCACCACGGGGGUCUGCACCAAGAAACAUGAAGAUGAGAGUGAUGCCUGGCUGCACAGACAGAAUGAAGAGCCCGUUUUUUCCAGGGAUGGUCGGAAGUUUUUCUUCGUCCGGGCGAUUCCCCAGGGAGGACGUGGCCAUUUCUACCACAUUGCCAUGUCAUCCUCACAGCCCAACAGUAGCAAUGAUGACUUACAGGCCAUUACAUCUGGAGAUUGGGAUGUGACAAAGAUACUGGCAUAUGAUGAAAAGAGGCAGAAAAUCUAUUUCCACAGCACAGAAGAUUCACCAAGAAGAAGACAUUUAUACAGUGCAAGCACAAAUGGGAACUUCAACAGGAGGUGCCUGUCCUGUGAUCUGAUUGAAAACUGCACUUAUUUCAGUGCAUCCUUCAGCCACAAUCUGGAAUACUUCCUGCUGACAUGUGAAGGUCCCCGUGUCCCGAUGGUGACGGUUCACAACACAACAGAUGCACAGAAAAUUUUUGAGCUGGAGGUAAAUGAAAAUGUGCAGCUGGCUGUAAAUGACAGGCAAAUGCCUAAGGUAGAAUACAUGGAAAUCAAGAUAGAUGAUUACAGAUUACCAAUGCAGAUCUUAAAGCCAGCAACCUUUGCAGACACCGCUCACUACCCCUUGCUUUUGGUUGUGGAUGGCACGCCUGGCAGCCAGAUUGUCACGGAGAGGUUUGAGGUGACGUGGGAGAGCGUCAUGGUCAGCUCGCACAGCGCCAUCGUGCUCAAGUUCGAUGGGCGCGGCAGCGGCUUCCAGGGCGCCAAGCUGCUGCACGAGGUCAAGAGGAGGCUGGGCCUUCUGGAGGAGAAGGAUCAGCUGGAAGCUGUCAGGACAAUGCUGGAGGAGCAUUUCAUUGACAAAACGAGAGUCGGUGUGUUUGGGAAGGAUUAUGGUGGUUACCUCAGCACUUACAUGCUUCCAGCUGGUGAAGACAACCAGGUGUUCACCUGUGGAGCUGCUCUUUCCCCAGUGACAGACUUCAGACUAUAUGCUUCAGCCUUUUCUGAAAGAUACCUGGGCUUGCACGGGGUUGAUAACAGAGCAUACGAGAUCAGCAAAUUAUCACACAGAGUCUCAUUACUAAAAGACCAGACAUUUUUGAUCAUUCAUCCUACUGCUGAUGAAAAAAUCCAUUUUCAGCAUACUACAGACCUUAUCACACACCUAAUUAGGGCAAAGGCUAAUUACAGCUUGCAGAUUUACCCUGAUCAAAGCCAUUACUUCAGCAAUGCAGCGUUUGAGCAGCACUUGUACCAGUCCAUUGUCAACUUCUUUGUGGAGUGUUUCCAGGUUCCAGACAAGCUCCCACUGGCCCCGCUGAAAGAGGAGGAGGAGGAUGAUUAACCCUACUUGUCCGUGCUAAGCACAAGGCAGAUCUCUCUGACAAUAUGCAACUGGAUCAUUUUCCUGAAGAAAGAGAUGUUGUUAGCAUGUAUUUAAAAAAAAAAAAAAAAAAAACCAAAACAAAAAAAAACCAAA